CCCAAAUCCUCCAUCUCCAAGCCGCGUGCAGAAGCAAAGCCGUGUAGUGCAGUGCAGUGUCCUAAGUGCCCGAAACAAUUCAAGCAUAAAAGGAACCUUGAUCGUCAUCAGAGGGAGAGCCACUCAGAUAAAACCUUCAAGUGUCCAAAGUGUGCAAAAGUGUUCAAAAACCAUCGUACAUUGAAUCAUCACCAGAAGCAUGCACAUAAAUUUAAGUGUAGAAUCUGUAAGGAAGUGUUUGCAUCAGUGAUUUUGCUUCUCAAACAUAAAAAUAAGGAACACAUUGGCAAACGUAAACUUGUAUGUGAUGGGUGUGUGCGUCGUUUCAACACGUCUACGGCGCUGAGGUUUCAUGUGCGCAUCUGUGCAGCGAAGAAAGUGAAACUCAAGCGCUCUCAAAGAUCGCGUGAAAUAGUGCUCAAGAAAUCUGUGGUGCCUGCCAAGGAGAAGCAUAUGGACGGUGGUGAAGCAUGGGAAACAACGAGCGCUAUCCAGGGUGACGCUCGGGUGCAUAAUGUGACUGUCACAGACAAAAAUGAUUUGCAACUGACUCUGAUUAAAAAUCAACAUAGUAUGCAUGAUCUUCUAAGGAAGGAUCUUCUGGACUUGCGUCAAAUGAAGUGGUACAUUACCGCAUUCAUACGGUGUCAGUUAGAAGAAGAUCCACAAUCCUUGCGCUACAUGCGAUGUGUGCCGAUCAUAACAUUGCGAGAGGAUGAGUUAGUAGAACAAAUUCAAGAAGCAAUUCUAGGUGUUGUAAAUAACUUUGAUAAAUGUCAGGCCGAGGGAUCACAAAUUCUAUUUGAUUGUGUUGAUAGAUUGGAGAUAAGAGUAGCAAAAUAUUCACCCCUGAAAGGCUCGUCAUAUCUCCCUCUGCCAAAGCACCUACAAAACAGCAAUAAAGGGUUAAUCAACAUUCAAAAUUUCAAUGACGAAAAGUGCUUUCUAUAUUGCUGUUUAGCUGCUAUCAAUCUUCCUGAGGGUCACCCAGAGAGAGUUAGUAAGUAUCGGGGGCGGUUGAAUGAGCUUAAUUUUAGGGGGAUCAAGUUUCCAGUAAGCAUACCUGACAUUACGAAAUUUGAGAAACAAAACCCCGGCUAUAGUGUAAAUGUGUUUGGAUUGGAGGAGGAAAAGCAUGUUGUUCCGCUCCGUAUAUCAAAAGUUGUAAAUGGUAUAGUUAUUAAUACACUGUUAUUGCGUGGAGAGGAUGAAGAAGAUGAAUGCCAUUACGUGCUAAUCAAAAAUCUGUCAGCAUUUCUUUGUUGUGUUAUGAAGCAAAACAGGACGUUAUUUUGGUGUGAGAAUUGUUUGAUGCCUUGUUACUCUCAGGAAAAAUAUCAGCGACACAAACCAUUAUGUCUUUUAAACACCCCUCAAGUUGUAAAGAUGCCGCAGGAGCGAGACUCAGUUAUGAGAUUUCGUCAGUUUGGUCAUCAAAUGCAUCAUGAUUUUGUAGUGUAUGCUGAUUUUGAAAGUAUUAUUGUACCACUAAACACACCAUUGCCUGAUCCAAGUGUAUCUGCUACCACGAAAACCAGUUGUCAUGUUCCAUGUGGUUUCUGUUAUAUAAUUGUUAAAGCUGAUGGAAGUCUUUUGAAGGAGCCUGUGCUGGUCCAUGGAAAAGAGAAUCUUGUACAACGCUUCUUAAUGUGUUUGAAAGAGGAGGAGGAGCAUAUAACUAAACUAAGAGGUGAUCUGUAUGAAAUUGAUAUGAGUGCAGAGCAGGAAGCAGAGUUCCAGAAAGCAACAAAUUGUUAUUUGUGUGGAGAGACGAUUCCUCGUCAAGACGUGAAAAAAGUACGGGACCAUGAUUGGUCCAAACCUUCAUGUAACUACAGAGGUGCUGCAUGUCAAUACCCCUGCAAUCUUAAUCUGAAGAGAAAAAGUUAUAUACCUGUUAUGAUGCAUAAUUUAAAGAAUUAUGAUGCACAUUUGAUUAUAUCUGAAAUAGGCGUGUUAAGUGACGGCAGUGAUGUAUCGGUCAUUCCUAAAAACAAGGAAAAGUACAUAGGCUUUCAGUGGGGCAAACUAAGGUUCUUGGAUAGCCUUGGUUUUUUAAACAGCAGUCUGGAAAAGUUAGUGGCGGAUCUAGCCCCCGAAGAAAUGCACUCUCUAAAAGCAAUAUUUCCAAAUGAGAAUGAACGCAAUCUUGUAACCAGAAAGGGCGUGUAUCCUUACAGUUACUUUGAUUGCUUUGAAAAAUUUGAAGAAACAUGUCUGCCACCAAUUGAAUGUUUUAAAAAUGAUUUAACAGGGGAGAAUAUUAAGCCAGAAGAUUAUCAGCAUGCUGUUAAUGUCUUUCAGACAUUUAAACUGAGCUCUCUAAGAGAAUUCCAUGAUUUGUACUUGUUAACAGAUGUCCUUUUACUAUCAGAUUGUAUGGAAAAUUUCAGAAAGAUUGCUAUGGAGCAUUACAAGCUUGAUCCGGUUCACUAUUUCACUACACCAGGGUUGGCAUUCUCUGCUAGCCUUCUCUACACAAAGCAGCGUCUAGAACUCAUUGACGAUAUCGAGAUCCAUCUUAUGUUUGAACGGGGAAUGCGUGGUGGUGUGGCCAGCAUUAACCAUCGAUAUGUGAAAAGUAAUAAUCCUUACAUACCAGAGACCUAUUGUGCAGAUGAACCACACUCUUAUAUUAUGUACUAUGAUGCAAAUUCCUUGUAUUCAACAGCGUUAUGUGAAAAGUUGCCAAUUGGUGGCUUUCGAUUUCUGACUGACAGAGAAAUUGACGAGUUUGACGUAACAAAAAUCAACCCCGAGUCUGAUAUUGGGUACCUGUUUGAGGUUGAUCUCGAGUAUCCCACUGAACUACAUGAUAAGCACAAUGACUAUCCCCUUGCACCCGAACACGUGGAACCUCAAUACAAAGACUUGUCAAAAUUACAGAAAAAACUUGUCAGAGAUUACGAGUUGUCAAGAAAAAGCACAAAAAAAUUGAUUCCCACCUUGUCUGAUAAAAAAAAUUAUGUACUUCUAGGAGACCUAUUGUUACUUUAUGCGCAGUUGGGAUUAAAGGUUAAAAAGAUUCACAGAGUUAUUGAGUUUGAACAAAAGGCUUGGCUGAAACCUUUUAUUGAACACAAUAUAAACAUGCGCAAAAAAGCUACAUCAGACUUUCAAAAAUCAUUCUGGAAAUUAAUGUGUAACUCUGUAUUUGGUAAAACUUGUGAGGCUGUUAGGAAUCAUAGGAGUGUAGUACUUACUAAGGAGAGAGAAAAGUUCCGUAAACUUGUAAGAAGCCCACUGUUCCAUAGUUUUGAUAUAUUCAAUCAUGGUCUUGUCUGUGUUGAGAGAAAAAAGGCGAGAAUUGUACUUAAUCGUCCCCUAUUUGUAGGACAAUCCUGUCUAGAUAUAAGUAAAUAUAUUAUGUAUGGGUUCUAUUACUAUGUGCUUAAAGCUAAGUAUGGUGAUAAUAUAAGGGUCUGUGCCACGGAUACUGACUCGUUGAUCGUGCAUGUAUUUACAGACGACAUUUAUGCUGAUAUGAGUGAAAUGAGUGAGCAUUUCGAUACUUCAGAUUAUCCAACAUCCCACCCUCUGUACAGCUUACAAAACAAAAAAGUUAUGGGAAAGUUCAAGGAUGAAAUGAAUUCAGAGCCAAUCAUCUCCUUUAUAGGUUUGAGAGCUAAAAUGUACAGCUUCAAAACUAAGGCACACAAGGAGAAAUCAGUAGGAAAAGGCAUACCAAGAGCUGCUCUGAAAUCUCAACUUUGUUUUGAAGAUUAUCAAAAUUGUAUCACCCAAUUUAAGCGUAAAAGUGUUAAUUUUUCAAAAAUUGCUACAGAUCGAAAACAUAAUGUAUACACUACAUAUUCUACAAAGAGGGGAUUAAGUUGUUACGAUGAUAAAAGGUACAUCUUGAAUGAUAAUAUUAGCACGCUUGCUCAUGGUCACUACAAGAUUAAAUCUCUAAAUGCAGUGCAUAAUGAUGAAUGCACUUCUGAUACUGAUGAUGAAGAUGAUGAAGGGGCUAGGAAUUUAAGAGAGUUAAUACUCUUGCAAGAAGAAAUGUCUAUGUAAGUUGUUCUUGUAAAUAUGGGUAACAAAGGAAAUAAAAUAUUGAAAAAAAUCCAGUUUUUCUCUUAUACACACCUCUAUAAAAUAUGCAAAUUUAAAAAUCAAUUGACACUCACAUGACGGACAGAGGUGACAGUUGAGGCUGAGUUAUGUCACACAGUAUAAAAGACGGGAGAGAACUGACCAAGUCAUCAUUUCAUCCCCAGCUGCUGAGAAGGUAAAGUCCAAUCAUGUGGCGUAUGCG